AUGGAUAGCCCUGGUAAUAGUAGAGACUGUUGGCCGGAGGAUCAUACGGCUUCGGUGGACUUGCUUAUUGAGGAGAUUGAUAAAGAGUUACCGAGCGAUGAGAAGAGACAGAUUCCUUUGCAAGAUAUAGGUGAUGAGACCAUGGAACACAUUGUUUCAUACAAUACUCAAAAAAAUGCUUUGAUAGAAGAACAGCAUCCUGCCGUACUUCCAUUGAAAGCGCAGUGCGAUCCUCGCAAGUCCGUCAUGUUUAGCGAUGAACAUGAAUUUCACGAAUACUCACAACUCUCGCAGAACAGUGAUUUGCAAGGAGCAGAAGGCGUUGAAUUGUCGUGGGAUAAGGUUGGACUGCCCGAAAGUGCGCCUCCUCUACAGAAACCGAUCGCUAUUGCGGAAAAUGAUAGCGCUAGUGAAUCCAGUCUCAACGAAAACGUUGGAAUCACUGAAGAGGAACUCAAGGCAAACCUGAUUACAAAUGUUGAAACAAAGCUUUCGCAUAUCCUGGGUGACAGCAGCAAUCCUAUUAAAGUGCCAAAGCUGAGAGAAAUGGUCAACGAAAUAGACGGAUUAGUAGACAAGUUAGAUCAAGAGGAAAUCAAGCCUCUCAGUUUCACCAUCGAGUCUACGGAUCCUUUGAAUUCUAACAAAAACCAGCAUCAUCGAAUGAUACACUACGACGUAGGUGUGGAACAAUCGGUUGAUGACAUAUCAUUAGCAUCGCGGAACAAUAAACACAAUCCUUCGAAAUUGCCAACAACAAACACGGUUUCCAUUAACAGACUCAGGCCCACUUCAUCUGAGUAUCGAUUUUCCUCAGGUUCUUCUUUGGACGAGAGUGAAACCGAUUUGGUCACGUCCACCACCCAAGAUAAAUAUCGACUUUUAAUGUCAUGCAAACCAGGUGACAUUGAUCAAUUCGACAAUCCCUCAAGUAAUUUGCCAAGCAAACUAUCGGUAAUUGAUCUAGCCACCACGUCUAAUGUGUUCAGCUCAACAAAUACUGGCGAUGAAUUUCACUCCGUGAACGAAGUAAACAGUAAAGGCCAGCCCGAGCGUGAUUUAAGCAAUGCAAUAGAAGACCUGUGCAUACCAUCUUCUUUGGAGGAUAAAGAUGCUACGUUCACAAAUUUAAACGAUUGCAGGAAGUCGAUUGACGGCGAAAACUUUUCAGGAAGGCCGAGCAGUCGGACAUCCAGCAUAAGCUCUGGCUUUACGUCAGAUACCGAAUCUCUUUCUGAAAAUCCUGUAACUGGCAAUGAGAAGCUUUCUACGGAGUACGAGAGAACGAAAAGUAUCGAUAAUGCUAGCAUUAUUUUAGAGACCACCAUGCAACAGCCUUCCAACUCUCCCAAGAAUGCUAAGGUGAACUCUCAAAAUUCCAUAAGUCACCAUUUACCCGUUGCAAAGUCGGGCGACGCCGUUGACGGCUGCGACUGUAGUUCCCUCGAGAGCUCAAUUGAGGAGCUAAAUCAAGAUUCUGUCUCUACGGGAGAUCACCAAGAGGUUAAGAAUAAAUCCAAAGAAUUCCUCCCAGAGAUGCCUGAAUCGAUUUCACUAUUUGAUGAGGAUGCCCCCUUCGGCAAAGACGAGGACACUUCCGCUGAUUCAAUUGACCUAACCGCAACUGCAAAACCAAACGAUUAUCUUUCGAUAUGGCAUUAUCAGGAAAAUCGCGACUGUUACUCACCAACUGUCAGCCACAAUUCUCAAUUCUCUGGAGUCUCCACAAACACUGCAGCCUCUUCAAUAACAAAAUCAACCAAUUUCAAGUUUAAACCGAGAAUCGUUAGCCGAAGCAAGCUCUAUUAUCCACAUCGUGAGUUGCCUGUCAAUUCUUCAAAUGAAGAGUACGAUAAUUAUACGCUUUCUCAGAGUCCCGUGAACAGCGUUCUAGAUCCUCUAAGAAGAAAUACUCUCGUAUCUCGAGGUAUCCAAAAUCAAAUCAAAAUGCAUCAACAAUUGCUCUCAAAUGCGAGAGUUACAAUUGCACAACUUGCUUUUGAUAAGAAGUAUGCUGGCUCACCUAAAAAUCAAGAUGCCAAACAAAACAUUGAAGGCAGACUUUCACUUGACAACGAGAUUCCUAAAGAAAAUGAUAUUCUCCAGGGAGAACAUGGAAUCUUCGAUGGCCAUGCAGAUUGCCAUAGUGCUCAUGAAUUGUCCGGGGAAGUGGAUAAUGUUAACAACUUGAAACACGAUGGGACCCAAAUAAUGGAAACCAACUCCUCAGGUGCGAUUACAGGCGAGUUCGUUUACGCUCUGAGCGACAUUGAGAGUGAUAAUGAUCGAAUUUCAUUUUCUGAGCAACGGUGGACCAAUAAAGGUGAGGAAAAGAUUGUUGUUGAUAUUUGGCAUUCGGGGAACACUCUCGAGCAGGAUUAUAUAGCAUCCCCGUCAAAGGAUAAACUUGAUGAAAGUGUACUAAAUCAACUUCUCAAAGAUGAGAACGAACCGGCUUCGGACAAAAGUCCUGGAGACACCGAAAAAGUCGCAAGUUAUCCUGUCUUGAAAAACACUGAUAGUCAGGUAAAAGUCUGCCGCCCCCUGAGUUUCUGCGGAAUUGAAGUUGAAAAGACUUUGUCGAACGAUGAGAAGGAUUUCGCCACACCCAAGAAAGCUAAGAGCGCACAGCCUUCACCCACGAGGUCGAAUAGGGUCGGAAGCCCAUUUAAGGUGACCCGAGCAAGGAAACUUCCUCAAUUGGAAAGCCAGACUUCACCAACAAUCAAAAAGGCGUUGACUUACACUCAGGAGGGAGACGAUACGUCAACUCCUGUCAAAGAGCAAGAUUAUGAAAAUAAAGACGAUGAGUCAUUGGCUCAUAGUUUGAAGGUUCAAAAGACGAAAACACAAGUGCUAAUAGAUCAGGGAAAAGUUUACAUUGCUUUAAAAUCUCUGAAAAUUUUGGAACUGGACGACAUUAAGCGCCAUCAUCCCACUAUUGCAGUUGAGUUUGACAAUGGUAAAAAUAUUGUUCAAACACCAUGGAAACCUCUACAAGACAAUUUACACGACUUGACUGAUGAGUUUGAAUUAAUUUAUGAAAACGAAGAUGUUAGAACUAACUCAGAUGUUACCAUUACGUUGAAAUGCAAAUAUCAGUCCCCCCAGUCCGAACUUCUUUCUGUUACUGAGAAAGUCCCCAUAAAAAAGAAGUUUGCAUUUGGUAAGACGAAAUAUCGGUACGAGAAUAAAUUCGUUCGGCGCAAGCUGGAGACAGACCCCUGGGACUUCAAAUUUGCUCAGGACGGAUCAUUUGCUCGGUGUAAAAUUCCGCUAGAUACGGCGGCUCUAAUCAAAAGCCGGUAUUGCAAACAAGAGUUAAGUCUGGAUCUCAUGAACGAAUGGGAGAGAUAUCCAAACGUUUCAGGCGUCAGUCAUAAUGCUCAGCCCCCAUCAAGGAAGCCUACCUAUAAAAUCGGACGACUUACUCUUGAUAUCUGCUACUUUCCACGCACAUCUAACGAUGAGAGGUUCCCAAAAACCCUCCGGUUGGCGCAUGAAAUUAUCGAAAAGUACUCUCAGCAGCUAAAAAUCAAUUAUGAAGGGUUUUUAUGGCAAGAAGGCGGCGACGUUGAAGGAAUGCUUCAAAGAAGAUAUUUCGAACUGAAAGGCUCGCAACUCAUUUCGCACCACGAGGUCACGCGCAAGCCACAAGCACUGAUAAAUUUGUUAAGGGUCAAAGAAGUACUUGGUAAAAACGAGUUGUCCCAAGAUACCUCAAAAAACGUCCGCAACUUCACUGACAUGGUCCUUUUCAGUGAGUGCUUUAAACUCAUAUUUGAAAAUGGUGAGGUCAUCAACUUCAAUGCCGACUCUGCAGAAGAUCAGGAAAUUUGGAAGACCCUAUUGCAACGCGUUAUCAGUUACAACAAGUUCCACCAACCCUGGGUCAAACAAUCCUUAGAAAGUAAAAUCGGAGAUAGUUGA